UUUGUCAAUAGCUCGCUCAUUUUUUCAAAUUAAUUAUAUUUUCUCUUCACCAAAAGAUACUUCUACUUCUGAGCUACAAAAUGCUCUGUCAUAAUAUUCAUUAACACAGCGUAGUUCGCAGCAUUUAUCACUUCUCUCGCAUCUACUGAGAACGAAGGACCUUUUUGUCUGUGUGUUACCGGUCAGUAUUUCACCUAUAGAAUCUAAACAGCCUAACGAUUGAGGCUCAAACUUUCAGGUAUUAUAGAAGUUGUCGACUUAAAUAAGUGUUGAAAUUUACAAGCUUUUCCCUUUUACUAUUAUCGAGAUACAAUCGUUCGAAGUUGAAAAAACGUCCGUGCGUUACCUGCGUUUCGGCUGUUCAUAUCUUGAAUGCUCUUUUUAAUUUGUGACAGGUUUUUACACAUUUUUAAUAGUACACAAGAAGUUCUCACCUCACUAUAGCGAGCCGCUUUCCGCUGUCGAUUAGUGUGGCUGCUGUUUGUUAAAUUUACCUUUCUCGAAAUAACUAAUCAAAUAGGACUACCAUUCGCAAUUUAUCCAUUACAGGAGGGAAUUUACAGCGUCUAAUUCUUGUUCUUCAACUAGUAAGUCAGCUGUUUUCGAUUCUUAUUUUUCGGGGAAUUUCCCCCCAACUAUUCAUCUACUCAAUCAUGUUAUCAAAUAGUUCGUUUAAUGGUAAAAGAAAAAACAUUUCGUAUCAAAAAGAAUAUAUUCAUUGAAAUCAAAAUCUUCAUUUCUUUAUUUUCCUUUAUUUAGAUUAUUCGUUGAUUCAUCACAUUCAGCAUUAACUAUUUCAAGAAAUGGUGCUCAAUAUCGUCUUAAUCCAGCUUGUCAAAAUGAUUAUGAUCAACCUUCAGAUUUCGUUGAUGAAAAUAUCUUCAAUCAUUUAUCAACUACCUCUAUUCCAUUGAAUGAUUCUCAAUUAAAGUCACCAAUGGCUCUUCGAAAUGAGACCCAAUUAUCAAUCAAUACUCAAAGAUCUACCGAUGCGAUCCCUGAUCCAACGAAUGAAAAUACAAUAUCUAACUCCAAUCUCAAACAAAAACGUAAGCAGAGUCAAUCAUCAUUUUCAUCAAUGAUAUCCACGAAACAAUCUAGUGGACUCGGAGCAAAGUGA